AGUUUUUAAGUGCUAAAAAUAAACCGCUUGUUUGACAGUUUGACGACAAAGAUUUCAUUCUUUUCUUUUUCCUUUUAUUGUUUUCUUCGUUUCUCAUUUACGUACGUUAAGUAAAUUCGUUGCUUUCGAGGCUAGGGUUAGGCCUUGAUUUCCUGAAUUCCUCUGUUCUUCUGCCAUCUUAAUUUCGCUGUUGUCUGAGUCGGGGAAGAAAGAAACACACGACGAGCUUUCCCUUUUCAUUUACCCAAAGGAAAGCUCGCCUUCGCUGUUAAUAUUCUGACUAAUAAGUUUUAACCAAUUUUCCGAGUUUGAGAUCAAUCAAUCACAUCAGUCAUGGCGGCGGUGUUGUCUCCAAUACCAUUCUGUGAAUCCGCAUUGUCCCUGUUGUUGCUGCUGCUCCUCGUUCCGUUCUCCUCUUCGUCCAGCGUCAGAUCACAACAGCAAUUCUCAGCCAUCCGAUUGCCUUCCGAGGCCGAUCCAUGCGCCAGUUCCCCCCGACCCAAUUCCUGUCCCGUCAACUGCUUCAGGGCUGAUCCUGUUUGCGGGGACGACGGAGUUACCUACUGGUGCGGCUGCGCCGAUGCUCAUUGCGCGGGGGCUAAAGUUGCCAAAAUAGGAUUUUGUGAGGUUGGUAAUAAUGGUGGAAAUGGAUCUUUCCCUGGUCAGGCUCUGCUUUUGGUGCAUAUAGUUUGGCUCAUUGUUCUGGGCUUCUCUGUUUUGUUCGGCCUCAUCUGAUUUUCUUUUUUUUUUUUCCUCAACAAGAACAAAGAGGGUCUUUUUGACAUCCUCAUUCCUCAAGUUUUUACGGUUACAGGAGACAGGCGUAUGUGAUGUGAGCAUUUAUGUAACUAAGCAUUAAAAUUUUCAUUUCCAGGCCAUUAUUUUAUUCUGUUCAUCUCUUAUCUAUCGCAUUGGAAUCUCCUAAGUGACGUAGUUCCAGCUGACCAUGCGAAAAAGCUUCCUUUUUCUGAAUUUCGUUUUCUUUAAGAUAUCAAAUACGACCAAGUUCAUUCAAAGUAUAGUGAGUGAUGACUUGCAAGCUUUUUCCAUUUGGCUAUGAAUUAUCUUAGUUGGGUUAAUGCUUCAGAACUGGGA